UUAUACGCGGUACCAAUUGUUGAACAUAAAAUGUUUAAUCACACAGCCGUACUGUUCUUCGUUUUAUUGGCUGGUAGUCAUUAUGGAUAUCUGGCAGGAUCCGAGAACCUAGAGAUCCAAAAGCCUUGGGACAACUUAUCAACCUAUCUGGAAAACUUACCGAAAAAGAUAGAAUUGCCGCCGCCAAAGUUUAGGCUGAUCGGCUCUAGGUAUUUCUACAUCGAACAACAAAUCGAACAAAAUUGGACCACUGCUGCCAGUACCUGUCGUGAAAUGGGUGGAUAUCUGGCCGCGAUUAAAGACGAAGAGGAGGCGCAGGCCAUCAUCGCGAGACUCACUCCAUUUGUUUUCUACUACGUGGGCAUCAACGAUCACGAAGAAAAGAGAAGCUUUGUGUCCUUAGCUUCUGGCAAGCCAGCCUUUUUAAAGUGGAGUAAGGGUGAACCGGAUUACGUCUUCCAUGACCAGAACUGCGUCUCAAUUUUUAAUUUCAAUGACAAUGACGAAGGCCUGAUGGUGGGCCCUUGCUCCAACAAGCAUACCUUUAUUUGCCAGGCAGAUGUCGAAAUUUAACAAAAUGACAACUUUACUUAAUAUAAUAAAAUGUUUAGUUAAAUAAAAAAUAACCAGAAAUUCUUUU